AUGACAGUUGAGCCGUACAGACUCACGGCGACCCAGGUGUCGGCCAAGAUCAGAGCGGGCGAGUUGACCGUGGAAGAGUAUGCGCGCUCGCUCUUGUCUCACAUUGAGGAACGAGACCCCGUCGUCAAGGCAUGGGAGUACUUGAACCCAGAACAGGUGAUUGCACAGGCGAAGGAGUUGGACUUGAUACCACCAGAGAAACGAGGCCCUCUGCAUGGCGUUGCGAUCGCGGUGAAAGACGUCAUCUACACCAAAGAUAUGCCAACGCAGCAUGGCUCUCCAAUCUACGCCAGAGACGCUCCCAAAGUCGACGCCGGUUCCAUCAUUGUUCUGCGACAAGCCGGCGCAUUGCUUCUCGGCAAGACAACGACGACUGAAUUCGCGGCGACGGUUCAAGGGCCAAAGACGGUGAAUCCGCACGGCACGAAUCGGACGCCCGGCGGCUCUUCAUCCGGAUCAGGUGCUGCAAUUGCGGAUUUCCAAGCGCCGAUUGGCCUGGGCACCCAGACUGGCGGAAGCACCAUUCGGCCAGGAUCUUUCAACGGCAUCUAUGCCUUGAAGCCGACCUGGAACUCCAUCACGCGCGAGGGCCAAAAGAUUUACUCCCUGAUCCUGGACACCCUUGGUUUCUUCGCCCGCAGCGUCGAAGAUUUGCAGUUGAUGGCUGACGUCUUUGACCUGAAGGACGACGAGCCUCCCAACGAAACGUUCACCGUCAAGGGCGCCAAGUUCGCCUUAUUGAAAACCAUGGUGUGGCCUCAAGCCGGGCCGGGCACGCAGUCAGCAAUGGCGAAGGCGACAGAGCUUCUCACAGCUCACGGGGCCGAGGUCGAGGAGAUUCAGUUUGACCCUGAGCUCGAGGAUCUACCCAAGUGGCAUGCUACAGUUCUGCAUAGCGACGGACGGUCCGCCUUCCUUCCCGACUACCGCGCAGCCAAGGACCAGCUGCACGAGUUUUUGAUCUCGCACGUUGAUAACACGAACAAGAUCAGCAGAGCGGAGCAGCUGGAGGCAUUCGACAACAUCGCCAUCGCGCGCCCCAAGGUUGAUAGGAUGCUGAGCAAGUAUGAUGCCGUGUUGGUGCCUAGUGUUGUUGAUGAGGCGCCUGAGGGGAUCUCGAGUACCGGGAGUGCUGCUUUCAACGCUCCCUGGACAGCGCUCCAUGUUCCCGUUGUCAACAUCCCGGGUUUCAAAGGUCCAAAUGGAAUGCCUGUUGGCGUGUCUCUGGUAGCUCCUCGGUACCAUGACCGUCACCUGCUGGUAGUCUCCAAGGCGGUAGGCGAGAUCUUUGAGGCGGAGGGAGGCUGGAGAUCUGCUUUGUAA